UUGCUAAGUCAGAGCCCAGGCAAGGGCUGUGCAUUGUAUAGAGUACUAGGCUCGGUGAGGGAUCGUCCAUUAAGCUCCUCUUUUCUUCCAUCGCCCCCCUGUAGCUGUCACCCUGAAGUUUCUGGCCGUCUUACUGGUGGCAGGAAUGCUUGCAUUCCUAGGUGCCAUCAUAUGCAUUAUAGCCAGCGUCCACCCUGCCGCCAAGGGACCUGUCCUUGGUGCUGAAAAUGAGUCGGCUCCAGCCGUCCCCAAUGAGAAGAGCCUGGGAGCUCUCCAUGGUGUCAAGACUCUGUACGGAUCAAAGGACGCCUUCCUGGAGCUCCCAGGAUCCAAGAGCCAGUCUCCCCCCAGCUUCAGUAGACUCAUCUGCACCCCCUUAGCCAUGGAGUGCCCCUCUGAUGUACAGAGAGACUCCCCCCAACCUGCUGGAGAAGAGCUCCUCAACCUUCAGAGCACCGCCGAGCAGCUCCGACACACCAUGCUACAGCAGAAGAAGCAGAUCCUCACCGACCAGGAGGCCAUCCGGGAGCUCACCGGGAAGCUCAGCCGCUGUGAGAACGGCCUGGACAAGGAUGGAUGGGGUCCCAAGGAAGGAGCCAUGGGGGAUCUACCCCUGGACUCCCCACAGGCGGUGCAGGAAUUGGAGGAGGCGGUCAGGACGCUCAAGGAUCGCAUUGAAAAAAUUGAGCUGGAAAUCCAGCAGAGAGUGCACAACUUGACUGCGCCAACAUCCACUUCACCUUCACCUCUUUAUGGACGGGAUUCUCUACAGUCCAAGUUGCUUGAGCUAGAGGCUCAACUUUUAGCCAAACUUCUAGAACUAGAGAAGGAGCAAACAACAGCUUCAGGUGAAAGAGACAAGCAGGACAUAGAGAAGGAACUGAGCAUUCUGCAGAACCGCAUAGCGGAACUGGAACAAGGUUACCCUGGUUAUCAUCCAGAGAACUUCAAGCUCAGUUUUUCAGUACGUACCAACUAUAUGUAUGGACGAAUGAAAAAGACUCUCCCGGAGCUCUAUGCUUUCACUUUAUGCCUGUGGUUAAAAUCCAAGACAACCUCAGGGUCAGGCACUCCCUUCUCCUAUUCUGUCCAUGGUCAACCCAAUGAGAUUGUACUGCUGGAAUGGGGUCACAACCCUAUGGAACUUCUCAUCAAUGAUAAGGCAACUCAACUGCCAGUUAGCUUAAAAGAUGGAAUGUGGCAUCAUAUUUGUGUGGCCUGGACUACAAGAGAUGGAAUGUGGACAGCCUUCCAAGAUGGGAAAAAGAAAGGCUCUAAUGAGAACCUGUCUGCCUGGCACCCAAUCAAACCUAACGGCGUCAUCAUUUUUGGACAAGAACAGGAUGCUGUAGGUGGUCGAUUUGAUGCUACCCAGGCAUUUGUAGGAGAGGUGGCACAGUUCAAUAUGUGGGAUCGUGUCCUGACCAAUAGUGAAAUAGAAGGAAUCGCAAACUGCACAAUACCUUUGUCUGGAAACCUUAUCCACUGGGAUGAUCGCCAAGUGGAUGUUUUUGGUGGUGCAACCAAGAGUCCAUUUGAAAGCUGUGAGGAGCGUUUGGGUCACUGAGAUAUACAUGAGCAUCCAGGUCUCCCACAUCCCCUAUUUAUCCCUCAGUGUCACCAUAGCAGGAUUUCACAGCUUUCCAACCAGUGGGUGUGAAAACAACACCAGCUUGUGUUAACUCAUCACAAGAUAAUCAUAUAACACUGUGUGUCUGUGUUUGGGGUCAGCAACCAACUUUACUAUGAAAUGGGUUUAGCAGUUGCUUAAUACCGUCACUUGAAAAUUUUUACAUAGACAUGUACAGAUUCUUUGUUCUCAUUUCCAGCAGGGCAUCAUGGUUGGUUUCUUAGCACUUUCAGGAAAAGUAAGACACAAAAGUGACCUAGAUACAUUUCAGUGUUACAGUUUAAUACAUAUAUCAGGUUUUGUAAAGCAGAUCUAAAUAGAGGGGCUAUCUUUAUUUAAAAUUCAUAUACUGUAUCACAAGUGUUUAUUUGUUCCUAAACCGCAUUUUAUAUUGUUUCUCCAGCACUGCUCCUCACAAUUACAUGGUUUACAUUUCCUGCAGCUUAUCAUUUGUUGAUAACAUUACAGCCUAUCGUCUAAAGCCAAUGAGCUUUUUGCUGGAUUCGUAGGGCAUUAUUCAAUAAAAACAGCACAAAGA